CUCGCCGGGCGUCGCUUCCCCGAGGCGCGCACCUCCGCGAGGUGUUGGGGGGCGGGGGAGCCGCAGGCGCUGCUCGCCGGGCGCCGUCACGUGGUCCCCGGCCGAGGUGGAGUUCGGCUGUAAGGGGGCGUCUCUUCCUAGCUUCAUCGAUCUUUAGGAUUUGAGCAGGAGAGAUACCAGCGGGUCUCGCUUCCCCUCUCCGCUCCUUUCCCUCCCCACCCUUCUCUCUUUAAUAAACCGGAGCGAAGAAGACGAAUUCAAAAGAGGAUUGUUCAGUUCAAGGGAAUGAAGAAUUCACAAUAUUUUUGGUAAAUGGAUUCCAAUAUGGGGAAUAAGAAUAAGCUGAACUGUUGACCUGCUUUGAAGAAACAUACUGUCCAUUUGUCUAAAAUAAUCUAUAACAACCAAACCAAUCAAAAUGAAUUCAACAUUAUUUUCCCAGGUUGAAAAUCAUUCAGUCCACUAUAAUUUUUCAGAGAAGAAUUCCCAGUUUUUGGCUUUUGAAAAUGAUGAUUGUCAUCUGCCCUUGGCCAUGAUAUUUACAUUAGCUCUUGCUUAUGGAGCUGUGAUCAUUCUUGGGGUCUCUGGAAACCUGGCCUUGAUCAUAAUCAUCUUGAAACAAAAGGAGAUGAGAAAUGUCACCAACAUCCUGAUUGUGAACCUUUCCUUCUCAGACUUGCUUGUUGCCAUCAUGUGUCUCCCCUUCACAUUUGUCUACACAUUAAUGGACCACUGGGUCUUUGGUGAGGCAAUGUGCAAGUUGAAUCCUUUUGUGCAAUGUGUUUCAAUCACUGUGUCCAUUUUCUCUCUGGUCCUCAUUGCUGUGGAACGACAUCAGCUGAUAAUCAACCCGCGAGGGUGGCGGCCAAAUAACAGACAUGCUUAUGCAGGUAUUGGUGUGAUUUGGGUCCUUGCUGUGGCUUCUUCUCUGCCUUUCCUGAUCUACCAAGUACUGACAGAUGAGCCGUUCCAGAAUGUCACCCUCGAUGCAUUCAAGGACAAGUACGUGUGCUUUGAUAGAUUUCCGUCGGACUCUCAUAGGUUAUCUUACACCACUCUCCUCUUGGUGCUGCAGUAUUUUGGUCCACUCUGUUUUAUAUUUAUUUGUUACUUCAAGAUAUAUAUACGCUUAAAAAGGAGAAACAACAUGAUGGACAAGAUGAGAGACAAUAAGUACAGGUCUAGUGAAACCAAAAGAAUCAACAUCAUGCUGCUGUCCAUUGUGGUAGCGUUUGCAGUGUGCUGGCUGCCUCUGACCAUCUUUAACACUGUAUUUGACUGGAACCAUCAGAUAAUUGCCACCUGCAACCACAAUCUGCUAUUCCUGCUCUGCCACCUCACAGCAAUGAUAUCCACCUGUGUCAACCCCAUAUUUUAUGGAUUCCUAAACAAAAACUUCCAGAGAGACUUGCAGUUUUUCUUUAACUUUUGUGAUUUCCGGUCUCGGGAUGAUGACUAUGAGACAAUAGCCAUGUCCACCAUGCACACAGAUGUUUCUAAGACUUCUUUGAAGCAAGCAAGCCCAGUCGCAUUUAAAAAAAUCAACAAUGAUGAUAAUGAAAAAAUCUGAAACUGUUUGUAGAAUAUGGUCCCAGAAGACAUCUGUUUAAAAAUAAGCACAGUCUGCAACAUACUUUCAUUACCUGUUCUCCCAAGGAAUGGGGUUGAAAGCAUUUGAGAAAGAUCAAGAUUUUCUUGUCUUGCUUUAGACUGCUUUUGUUAUAGGUGUAAUAAUUGCAUUUGGAACAAAAAGGUGUGAGUUUUGGAAUCUUCUGACAAUAGUUUUGACCAGACAUCCUUGAAGUGCUUCUUGUGAACUUAUUCAUAUAAAGACUUUUAUACCAUAUUUAUUGGAAUGAAAUGUCUUUAAAGUAUUGCUAUUAACUGACUUCAGAAGCACUAGCCACCUGAUACUCUCAUUAGGUUGGGCCAUCCUUAUUAGAUUAGAUUAUCAAUAGAUUGGGCCAUCCCCAUUUUAUCAUAGGCAUCAUUUUAGUCUGUUACAAAGGUGGCAGCAUGCAAAAGCAGCUUUCAGGAUCAGAACAUGGAGCCAAAGGACAUUCAAAAAUGAUUUACUUUUUUUUUUUUUUAGUUUUAGGAGAGGAUUUACUUUGCUCCUAAUUGAAUUAUCACUUAAAUUAAGGUAAACAUUCAUAAAUAAUGUUUCUCAGCUGUGACUAUCAUGAGGCAUUGGCCCACCCACAAGACUUAAGAGGGAAAGUUCUCUAACUUCAAAACUGUUUUGGUACCUGACAACCAAAGCUUCUCAGAGUAAUUAAUAAGUAAAUUAGUAUUGUGGUAAAUAGUUGAAUUAUACUCAUUUGAAUUGGUGGUCAAGAGAUUUUCCAUUCUUCACAGACUGUUCAGUGUUUGUCCAGCUUUCUGGCAUAAACAUGUAACUCAAAAGGCAUUUCCAGAUUUUCCAGCUUAUAGUAUAUAGAAACACACACUGUACUUUCCAUACAGCAGUACCUAUACAGUAAUUCAUUUUUAACUUUCAAUGUCUGUCUUUCAAAGCAGAUGAUGCCAAGACACAAUGUUAAAAGAGUGCUUACUUCAGCUAGCAAGAAAAAAUGCCUAAAAACUGAGAACACUUCAUCUAGCCCAUGUUCACUUGUAUAAUCUGUGUGACUUGUGGUGUCCUUUUAAUAACGCACUGUAUAGAGUACAGGACAGUUGUGUCAUGUUAAUAUGCCUAACUUCAUGUAUCUUGUAAUCAUGAGUGAGCCUCAGAAUCACUUGGAGAAAUGGUAUUUUAAAGAACAAGACAUACCUUCAGUGUAUUAUAUACAAAGUAUUAAAUGUGUUUGAUUUCAGAAGGGCAGAUACUUUAUAAAAAUUAAAAUUGUUUCUGCUUUUUC